AUACGUUCGAAACAAACUUUGGGGCUCACCCAAAGAAGUCGGCUCCUCCUGUUGGUCUGGGCCUCCAAGACCAGAGAAAAAUGCGUCUUCAUACUAUUUUUGAAGAUCAGCAACUUGAAGUUGAACCUGGUGCCGGGGAACAAGACAUUUUUUCGGGUAUCAUGUCACGAUCAAGUGAAGAACAGAAGAAGAUGAACAAGAUGAAGUUGAAGAAUACUGAUCAUGUAAAUGAGCAAGAAAGUUCUUAUAACAGCGAACAUGGCAAAGGUAAAAUAAAUGGCAAGAACGAGAACAACCACGCAGGCCAAAGAGUUCCUGGGCAUCCUUGGAUAGUGAAGCCCAAGUCUCCCGAUCUACAUCUUGGUGAAGAUUCGAAAUCAAAUACUAGGAAGAGGACUCUGGCAGAAGUGAAUGCCAUCCAAGACCAAGUUAAUUUGGAGCUUCAACAUGCUCAAGGCGAUGAAUAUGGGGGGCAACUCAUUAAGGCAUUCACGAUUUUUUAUUCAUUCCCUAUUCAUUUCCACAAGUUCAUCAUCUACUUCUUAUAAUUUAGGCAUCUUAAUCAUAUUUUUCAGAGAUACCCUGGUUCAACAAAAUGUGAAUUUCGGUAAGAGAGCUGCUCUAAGCUUCUGCUAGGUGGUCGCAGCAUCAUGUAUGGACCACCGCCACUGGACGGGGGGAAGCUUGGACCGUUUUUUGGGUACCAACACGGGCCAGCUGAACAGAAGGGGCCUCGUUUGACUAUGCUUCAGCACGACUACUUUUACGACGGACCAUCACCAUUUCCAGUACGUGGGAAACCUCUUCCAAAGGAGGGGCGGCUGCAGAUUCCUGGGAAAGGGAACAACGUGAAAGGUGGAAUUCCGCCGCCACCAGUUGGGCCUUUGACUAUUGAGAUGAAUGGUAGUUGUACCACAUCGCGUCCGAAAAUUGUGGGAUCGUUAGGAAAAGCGGUGCCGUACUAUAAGAACAGCAGUGCUGCCACGCCGACGUCCUCGUUAACUGUGGGAGCUGGCAUUAUGUUGGCUGGUUCAGAGUCAGACAGGUCUCCCAUUUUUAGUACAUCUUCACAAGAGGACACGAGGGGGGAUUCAUUUCCUUCUACUGGGAGUUCAUCUUGCAUUGUCAAAAGGGAAGGACAAAAAAGUAGAAGGCCAUUGAUAUCACCUCGCAAGUACUAUUUGCAUUCUAUAGUUUCUUGUUCUAAGAAUACAAAUACUACAACUUCUAGAACUUGUUCGUCGAGUACGAGCACUGGUGUGCCGUCCUUCAGUUCGCCAGCACUAUCAGGAAUGCCAAGUAGUUCCGCGUCAUCUUCUACUUCUUGCUUCGACGAAAAACUUGAUCCGUCCUCAACAGCUGACGAAGGGCAGAUCUUUGGCUGUGGGUUGACGCCUGGACUCCAGGACACAGACGCAAUGGCUAGCUUAACUGUGGUCGACAAUCAAGUAGAUCCGUGUCCGUCCCUUGACGAACAGACGGAUUCGUCCUCCAAGAAAAGCUGUGGAAAUUUUUAUGCUCUUCAACGUUUUGUACUAAGUGGAAAAGAGUAGUAAGUUGUAGUGACAUAGACACUGACAAGCAAUCUAUUUCAUUUUAAUCAGCAAGAAGAACUGCUGACCUCGCAGUGACAACAAGUACAGUAAAACCUUGUGGGCGGGCUGUGACGACGGUCCUCCACCGUACUUGACGAGGAUUAUUUCUAAUCAUGACGGGAAAAUGAUCAUGAAUAAAGAACUGCUCUUCCAGUUAUUACUUCUCUCUAAAACCGCAACCGGUUGUCUUCGCCCUCCUCGUCCGCACCGGCUGUCGACGUAUCGUCGAGCGCCACGCCUGCUCCAUGCCUAAGUGCAGUUGUGGGCAAGCGCGCCGCAGACUCAGUAUCGCCCGGAGGGCUGCACCUACAAGUCGAAGUAGCUCAGAAGCGCCAGAAAAUUGGAGACUCUCAUGAGCAAACGGUAAAACUGAUUCUUUGUAAGUAAGUAGCUCACUGUGCUUGAUGAAUCGACUACUUGUUCUGUAUAUUCUUCCAUAUCUUCAGCUGAUAUAACGACUACUUCUGUUCCUUGUUUUCGACCACUUCACGUAUAAGGCUCAUUGAUAGACAUUUACAGGCUGCCGAUAUUCGACAGACGAUGGACCAUAAGCUUGCCAUGCUGCACUUGAAUGAGCGACAGCUGGAUCAUUCCUAUCAGAUUUAUAGAGCGGCAGCCCAAAAGCACUCGGAUGACCUUAUAGAGGGUGAGAAGGUGCGCAGGCAGUUGGAACAAUUAUGGUUGUCAAGAACCAGUAGAAGUAGAUUUGGGCAGGUACCCUAGUACAACUAAGUACUUUUAAUACAACUUACGAUAAUAAUAUGAUCUUGAUGGAUAUGUCAGUAGUUUUUUACCCAUAGUGACCUUCUAUGAAGGUCAUGACACAACAAGAAAGACGACGACAUUUGAAGGACACAGAAUCCACCUCUAGUACUUUUAGACCAGGAUUUUCCUCGUUGCACGACCUUUUUUUUUUUUCGUUUUUGGCUCGCCUAAGGAGGCCCAAUUCUCUAUGGACCGACGUCGCCACUCCGCUAGCCUCGCAGUGGACCCGCUGAGCCGGAGCCCCUCGUCUGGGAUGGCAACCUGUGGACUUCGUAGGCGUCCCAGGAGGAGCCGCUUCGCUUCGGAGGCUCUGGUCUGGGAGGCUUGGGAGGGGGUCAAAAGGGGGGGCAAAAAGGGCCCACUUUGACCCCCCCAGGCCCCCUAAAGUGGGGCCGUUUUAAUGCCGAAAAAAGUGUCGACAUUUUAUUUCCAAAAAUGGGGUGCAAAAUGACCCCCAUUUUUGUCGCCUCUUUUUUUUUCAAAAUGGGCCCGCUUUGCGUACCCCGUGGUUGGCUCCGCCGUUUGGUCUAGGUUUGCCAUCAUUCAUGGGGGGCCGGAUCGCCUUGGGAGGUGCUCCGCUGUCGAUAUCGACGGCGCCAAGGGCCCAUGGUCGCGCAGCGUCCAAGGCGUAGGGGAGCUCGCCAGGCCUUGCCACUAGCGGCAUUUUUGAAAAAAAAGCAAGGUUGUGCAACGAGAAAAAUCCUGGUCUAAUACUUCUCCUUCUCUCUAAGUGUUGGCCAAGGUCAUAAUCCUAAUGGAUUCACAAAGAUCACAAGGAUAAAGAUCAGCAAAAUGACCAAGAUCGCCAGGCAAAAGGUUACCGGAGCACCAUCCAAACGCCCGACGGGUUUACCGUCGCGCGGGUGUCUCUGGCUUCUCCUCUCUCUCUCGUUUGUGGCUCAAGCCUCCCAACACAGUCAAGGACAAAACAACACCGGAAUGAUCUCAGAGAUAACCUACAGACCUAAACGCAUAUGGUUCCAAAAUCAAUGAUCAACAGGCAAAGGACCUUCAACGUAUUCAGAUAGAAGAAAUGAUGAAUGUUUCAUAGCUGUAAUCAGGUCCAUAAUGUCUUGUCAAGUUCUGAUCAAUGAUAAACGCCAGUGCAUGGCGAUCGUAUGAAUCAAUGAUGAUAGCAUAAGCGUUUCCAUGUGAAGCAUAUGAAAGCUUCCCCAUGCAGCAUGGUAUCCCAAUGAUGAAGCUGAGACUUCCUCCUUGCAACCCCAAUGAAUAUCCACAGGGAUCAAAGCAGCCAGAGACCAUUAGUCUCAGGCUGUGAGUGCAAAUUGUGCAAACAGUAUCACUCUCAAGUGUCUCUCACCGAGAAACUAGACGCGACUUAACAGUCUGUGUUCGAAUGUAUCCAGCACUACUUUGACCCUUGAGCUUAGUAUAGAGUAGAAAUCCAUCUAGAAACAACUUUUCAAAAUGUCCUGCGAUGCGAAAGAAAUUUCGAAGAAACUCGGACAGAAGUCCGACUGGCGAGCGUGGCAACUUGCCAUACGUCAGGAAGCUAGCCGUCUCGGCCUGCUUCAAAACUACACGAAUGUAGUCGGCAUUCCGGCAGCUCCUCAUGGUAUUCCUAACGGGGUUACCAAUCGGGAGGAAACAAUUCGGCAGAAGUGGCGCAACCUGAAAGAUGCGAUCACUCGUAGUCUGAAAGGUGCCGCUGCGUCGUUCAUCAACAACCAGAACGAUAAUGGGCAGGUGGAUGCGAUGGAUGCAGGUGAGGUUGUUGUGCUCCUUCGUGAUGUAGGACACUUCGAUCAAAACAACCGUCAGGAACAACGGAUGAAAGUAAAACCGCUUACGGAUGGUGUGUUGAAGUUCCACAACGCGGAUCAGCCUGCAGAUGUCACGGGAUUCUUGUCGAAAGUCCGAGACAUCAUGAACCAGUCGCCCACCGUGUACCCGCCGGAAGCAGGAGUGCCAGAAAGUGACCAGCAAAAUGGUGCACUGCUACAGAAGUUGCCCGAGCUGUUCUGCAAGAACUUCAAGGCAACGAUCGAACGCAUGCAGGAAGAAGAUGGUCUGACAUUUGACCAGAUUGGUGACCGACUUGAAAAGCGUCUUGCGACGUUGAUCGAGGAGGGAACCUACAAAGUUGAGAACGAUUCCUUCGGGAAGGCGUUCCCGGUCAAUGUUCAGGAGACCUCGAAUAAACGUUCUCGUGAAGAGGAGGAUGACGAGGAAAAGGCCAAUGAAGGUGGUAAGAUCUUUCUGUCUAAAAGUGCUCUCAAGCGCUUCAAGGCAAACACAAAGAAGAAGAUCGCCGCCGAGGUCUAUGCCUCCAAUUCGAACGGCAAAGGAAAGCCGCAGAACAAAAAUAAUAAAGGUUCUGGAAAACAAGAUACCCGCCCAGUCUGUUGGAUCUGCAACAAACCGGGUCACAAAUCCGCGUCUUGUUGGAAGAAUCCACAGAACCAGGCAAACUGGAACUGGAACACCAAUUCCCAAUCUAGUAGUGCUAUGGGUAAAGGUGGAAAGGGUAAUGGCAUGGUUCACAUGUCUGCAGUUGCGGAGCUGUGGCAAGCUCUCAACGGCGGAAAGCAGAGCUGAGUUGCGGAACCAGUGGAAAGCGGAUUUUGCUCGCUGAACUUGGAUGAAGAUGAGGGUGAAGAAAUGAAUAUAAAUAACAUUGGGGAGGUAAAACUUGUGGGACAUAGUCUUUCAACUAGUUCCAUUUUUACUGCAAGAGAAGAAGUUAGUCUGGUUGAUAGUUGCGCAAACAAAUAUCCUUCAAGACACAAAGAUGAUUUUAGUGAAAUAACUAUGAAAAUUUGUAGGAUUACUGGUAGCGCUGGAAGUAAAGACGGAAGAGUAGGAAAACUAAAGUCAAACCCCCUAGGGCUCCAGUAUGGUGCUUAUUAUGAUUCACUACCAAAGGGCUUAGAUCGUAUUAUACCUUGGUUAGGUGAAGGGAACUGCUCGCAAUUAGGAUGGGAAUUCAACUUCAAAGGCACAGGGGGUUGUCUCGUACAUACGGACACCGGCCAGGCCAUACCCAUAAGAAGUCAUCCACGCUUGCAGCUUCCCAUACUUGCAUACAACUUAUUUAAAGAAGAGACUGAUAAAGGUUAUAUUUGUUCAACAGUAGAAGAAGGAGUCAGUAGUUGCUAUCUUACAAGACUCGAACUUCAUAGAAGAUGUGGGCACUUUCAUAUAGAUGGCCUCCAGGUAAAUUGCCCUGAGUGUGAUCUACAUAAAGGCCAACGCGCACCACAUGCAAAAGCUAGAGAUGCUUCAAACUAUAAACCUGAACCAUUGAAGUUACUAGCAAUCGACUUUGCUGUUGGAAUCAAACCCGUAUCAGUCAGGUCAAAGAGAUGUGUACUAGUGACCAUCUGUGAUGUAAUUAAGAAGGUGAUCUGUCGACCGCUUAAGCUGAAAAGUGACUGCGUGGAGGAAAUAGAAGAAGUUAUCAAAGGCAUUCGCCAGGACUACUCCUUAUCACUUGAUGACAAGGUAGUGUGGUUCCUCCGGAGGGAUGGAGAACCUGUCCUGAGCAGUGAUGACAUGACCAAAGUUAUGCAAUCGCUGCGAGUCUCAGACAGUCCGGCUGUUCCUUAUAAUCCGGAGAUGAAUGGGACCUGCGAGCGUUUUAUGCGGACUCUGUUCGGCAGUGUGCGCACAAUGCUGACUAAAGUUGAUAAACGCCUCUGGUGUUACUGCGUCGAGUACGCUGGUGACUGCUGGGAUCGUUUACCGCAUAACUAUGCAAAAAUGCCUCAACAUGAUGGAAAGAGUCCAAUUGAAAUCUUAGAAGAAAAGACUGGUAGAAACUCAUCGAAGAGCUCAAUCGGCAUGCUCCGCCGAUUUGGUUGUCUAGUUUACUUUCGUGAACAAAUUCAAGCCAACACUCCUGAACCCAAGCUCUCGGCCAAGUACCGCCGUGGCGUCUUCCUUGGACUCUGUCCGAAGUCGUCUGGUUGGUUGGUUGGAACUUUCGCUCAUGACGAUCGUUGCAAGCUUGGACAUCGAUGGGCGGAAUACUCUACCCUAGAUGUAAAGUUCAGAGAGGACUACCUCACUAAGAAUAUUGAUUGGCUUUUGCCAGAUCAGAAGGGCAUCUACAUUGAGUAUGACCAACUGGAAAAUCUGCAGAGUGGCGCGUCGUCGCUGGGCUCCCCCUUGCUUGGGCAGUCAGUGCAAAGGCUGGAUCAUCAAUCGGGGUUCUCUGGCACGGAGCACAUUCCAGGUGGACCGACCGCGAUUUCCGACGAAUUAUUUACUGAGGCACUGGAUAAAGUAGAGGAAUCCAACGCAGCUGACACUCCUAAAAGUGUUCCACUUGAGGAGGGGAAUGCUGAAGCGAAGGAUAGCGAGACAUCUGCUCCGCUAAGUCCGUCUAAGUCGAAAGCGCCUUCUCCAGCACGUGUUGUGGCAGGCGAACGCCAUACACACGUCAAGAAGCGUGGCCGACCAAAAGGAGCGAAGGACAAAGCAGGUAGCAGGGUUCGAAGAACAAAGAAACAGUUAGAAGAACUGAGGAAGAGUGCGGCGCUGUUCGCUAGUGCUGUAGGUGGCAUGUGUGAAUUAGACGAAGAUGAGGAAUUCGUCGAAUCAUAUGUGAUUUUGUCCGUUGCUCAAGCACUCAAGUCUCCUGAUGCCGACAAGUGGCGGGAGGUCAUUGACAAAGAGCAUGCGAGACUACUAGCCUUCGAGACGUGGAAAGAAGCUUCUGACGAGGAGCUUGCGACCGCGCGACAGGCUCUACCAAUUGCCAUAAUUCUAACUAUUAAAAGAUGUGGAAGAUACAAGGCUCGCGCUUGUGUCCUCGGUAAUCUAGAUCGUUCAGGAGAGCUAAACACCUUCGCUCCCGUAGUUUCGCACGCCGCUAAUAGGCUGCUCCUGACUUCUGCUGCGUCAGAACAGGACUAUGUGAUCCCGUUCGAUUUAGAUUCUGCGUUCCUCAAUGCUGAACUCGAUCGCGAUGUCUUCUGCCGUCUCCCACCCAUUUGGGCAGAGAAGCAUGGGCGCGAGAUCGUGAAGCUCAAGAAGGCCUUAUACGGCUUGAAGGACGCACCACGAGCAUGGUUCAAGAAAUGUCACGACAUACUAGCCACCAUUGGCUGGGAGCCGUGUGAUUCUGCGCCAGGCUUAUGGAGAAAGCCGAGUGCGAAGGUACCAGGGAAGUUCCUCAGGAUGUCAGUCUAUGUUGAUGACAAUCUUGCAACGGGUCCUGAUCUUGAUGAACUCAAGACCGAACUAGAACUCAUCUUCUCGCGUGCCCCUGGCCGUGCGAUUGAUGUGGAGUCCGUUCCAACCCCUUGGGGUCAAACGUGGCUUGGGUUCGACUUCUUAGGCGCCAUCGUGUACUACUGCCGUGAAGCUCGAACGUUUCGGCUUAAUAUGGAGGAGUACAUUGAUAAAAUCGCAAAGAAAUUCGAAAUUGAUGUCGGAAAACCGGUUUACUCGCCCAAUUUUGACGAGUCGGCUUUUCUUGAGGAGGGGAUCAAGAUAGUCGAAGGGUAUCCCAUUCGUGAGGUAGUUGGUGCCUUGCUAUGGGUAGCUGUAACCGUGUGCCCGGACAUUUCUGUACCGGUGGCAGCAUUGGCUAGACAUGUCAGCAAACCCGCGUCAACUAGAAUGGUUAAAGCAGCCAGAAAAGUGCUGAAGUAUCUGGUGACAACGAGAGACCAAGGACUGGAAUACUCACCAGAACAAGAAGAAGAAUUCGGUAGAAUCUAUUCAAAGUUACUACCUGAAGGCAGAGAUAUGCCAGAGGUGAAUAUCUUUAGUGAUGCAGGUUUCGCCAACUGCGUAAAGACUAUGAGAAGCACAAGUGGAUCGAUCAUGUAUUUCAAAGGCGUUCCAAUCGCUUGGAGAAGUAACCGACAAACUGUCCGUGCUUAUUCUACGGCUGAAAGUGAAUAUAUUGCAGCUUCUGACACAAUUGUGCUUAGUGAACUGCAUGACUUUACAGACUUCUAUAGGCCUCUACCAACUCAGUUGGUACACACGCAGAACGGCUUGUCUCCCUCUUUAGACAAUGCUGUGCUCUGGAUCGACAACCAAUCCGCGAUCACAACAGCUAAAGCAACUGACACACGCCCGAAGAGUCGCCAUUAUGCACUUCGCUACUUGCGUGUGCGUGAUGCGGCCAGUAAGAUAGUUUUCUGUCCAACUAACUUAAUGGAGGCUGAUGGCUUAACUAAGUUAGAAUGUAGUUCGUCUCAGCGUAGACUACUACUUCACCAUAUAGAUAAUCCGAUACAUAAAGUUGAGUAUGAUGAUUGUGAUUCCUCAGACGAUGAAACGAAUGGGGAUGAUUUAGCUUACUAUAGCGUAGUAUAUUCGGUUUAUUUUGGUUUCUAGCCGAGUAUACCGUAGCCAUCGAAGAGUAGUUAGGAGAUAUGACUUCCGUGGUAGUCCAGAAGACUAGGGACUUCGACACGCAACGAUUGAGGAGGGGUGUUGGUCAAGGUCAUAACCCUAAUGGAUUCACAAAGAUCACAAGGAUAAAGAUCAGCAAAAUGACCAAGAUCGCCAGGCAAAAGGUUACCGGAGCACCAUCCAAACGCCCGACGGGUUUACCGUCGCGCGGGUGUCUCUGGCUUCUCCUCUCUCGUUGUUGUUGCAAGAGGUUACCGGAGCACUAUCCAACGCCCGACGGGUUUACCGUCGCGCGGGUGUCUCUGGCUUCUCCUCUCUCUCUCGUUUGUGGCUCAAGCCUCCCAACACAGUCAAGGACAAAACAGCACCGGAAUGAUCUCAAAGAUAACCUACAGACCUAAAUGCAUAUGGUUCCAAAAUCAAUGAUCAACAGGCAAAGGACCUUCAACGUAUUCAGAUAGAAGAAAUGGUGAAUGUUUCAUAGCUGUAAUCAGGUCCAUAAUGUCUUGUCAAGUUCUGACCAAUGAUAAACGCCAGUGCAUGAUGAUCGUAUGAAUCAAUGAUGACAGCAUAAGCGUUUCCAUAUGAAGCAUAUGAAAGCUUCCCCAUGCAACAUGGUAUCCCAAUGAUGAAGCUGAGACUUCCUCCUUGCAACCCCAAUGAAUAUCCACAGGGAUCAAAGCAGCCAGAGAUCAUUAGUCUCAGGCUGUGAGUGCAAAUUGUGCAAACAGUAUCACUCUCAAGCGUCUCUCACCGAGAAACUAGACGCGACUUAACAGUCUGCGUUCGAAUGUAUCCAACACUAAGACAAGAGCUCCGAUUUUUAAAAGCGGAGCUGCGGAAACACGAAACCAAAUCGGCGGAACUGCAGCAAGGUGCGUAAUGGAACGAAAAGUGGGCAGAUUGUGAGUCACGUUUUCAUCGUCAAGUGGAUCUUUUGCUUUUGCUAUGACGACGCUUUUAUCGAUUACAAACCCAGUAUCGAUUAGACGCGAGGAGAAAAUCGAGGUUGCUUUCAUCUGUUCUUGCAAGCAUUGGUGUACAAUUUUUUUCAUGUUUUGUUCUUAUAUCGCCUCAUGGGCCUCCGGCAUCUUCUACACCUAUAGCCAGGCGAAAGCGAAACUUACUAGGUCAACCCCAGUAUCAACAAUAAAGUUGAUUAUAUGAGUCCAGCAUGAGCAUUAAAGUUGAUCUCGCCCUCACCAGUUAUGCUGCCCCGCAUGAUCUGUAUUAUAUGAAAAAUUAGUGGUCUUGCUGCCGCUUUCCUGUGAUUGGGUAAAAAUCAUGAACCUUCGUGCUGGCAUAUAUCGUAAUUACCGCUAAUACUAAUAGAUUCAGUUUCAGAAAAUAAAAGAAAGAAACACUAACCUAAAUCUGUACAACCCAGUAGCAGUAUCCCCGAAAUCCGAUUCCCUGGAACAUGUGUCGCCAACGCAUGCAUAUAAAAGUAGAGGCAAACUACAAGCCGCCAGUGCUACUAAGCACUUUUCAGUUGCAGCGGGGGUUGGUCCUCGCGCGAACCCUCACUGUAAUGCCCCUGUUGAGUUGUGUCUAGUAUGAUCGGUUUCCGCGGUGUGCUAAGCUACUUAGCUAUUUCACGACAAGACGACGGUGGUGCCUGUAGUUGUCAUCUAGGAAGCUGCUCUAUGAUUUCGUUGUACGAAAACUAUGUAGUACUAUCUUCACUAUGAUCUAGUUGGUGAUGUCAAUUUCCGCGUAAGAUAGAGUGCAGCUUCAGCCCCUUCGUUUUGUGUUUGGACGUUUUUGUGGUCCCGUCUUGGUAAAUUGUCGGACCAAAAAGAAGUUGAAGGAUCCUAGGUUUUGAAAAAGGAAAAAAGAAGUACG